AUGCGACUGAGUCGGCGUCCCGUCGUGGCUUUUCUGGCCUCCGCGGCGGCAGCGGUGGGCGCCCUGGCCCUGGUCGUGCUGCUCGUGCGCAAGAUACGCGUCGUGCUCGCGGGCGAGGUCCUGUUGACCGAAGAGCGUGCCUUGUACACGGUUCGACUCGAGAAGCGCGUCUCCGUCACCCACGACGUGCGCCUGCUCCGGUUUGCCCUGAAGAGCCCCCACCAGAAGCUUGGCUUCCGUGUGGGUGAGCACGUGCUGCUGUACGCGCGCAUCGGUGAUCGCACGGUGAUGAGGCCGUACACACCCGUCAGCCGCGUUGACCGCCGCGGCCGCUUCGACAUCAUGGUCAAGAUCUACCCGGCGGGCGUGUCCAGGAAGUAUCCCAACGGUGGCCUCAUGAGCCAGUACCUGGACAGCCUCAAGCCGGGAGAUAAGAUAAAGAUCCAGGGACCUAAGGGUCGCUUCGUGUACAAAGGACGCGGCAAGUUCUCCACUGCCGACGGACAUCAGCUGCCGCUCGUCGCUCGACUGGGACUUGUGGCGGCAGGGAGCGGCGUCACCCCGAUGCUGCAACUGCUGAGGCACCUGCUCGCCGACAACGAGGACAAAACGACGGUCAUGAUGAUCGACGUCAACUCCAGCGAGCAGGACAUCAUCGCGCGCCAAGAACUGGACGAUUACGCGAAGAACCACGCUGCCUUCAGAAUACGUCAUGUGCUGAGCAGACCACCCCCGUACGAAGGCAUGUUGGAGUACGUACCCGGUCCCCUGAACCAGGACAUUCUCACUGAGCACCUUCCACCGCCAGACUCUGACACGAUGGUGCUCUGCUGUGGACCACCCCGUCUCAUCACCGAAAUAUGCAAGCCAGCACUUAGGGACAUUGGACACAGGGCCAGUCAAGUGCUCUGCUUCUGA